CCCCCGCCCGCCAGAAUGGGCAGCAGCUCGCUGUCCGAGGACUACCGCCUGUGCCUGGAGCGUGAGCUGCGGCGCGGCCGCGCGGGCGUGUGCGGGGACCCAUCGCUGCGCGCGGUGCUGUGGCAGAUCCUGGUUGAAGACUUCGACCUGCACGGGGCGCUGCAGGACGACGCGCUGGCGCUGCUCACCGACGGCCUGUGGGGCCGCGCCGACCUGGCCCCCGCGCUGCGCGGCCUGGCCCGCGCCUUCGAGCUGCUGGAGUUGGCCGCCGUGCACCUGUACCUGCUACCCUGGAGGAAGGAGUUCACCACCAUCAAGACCUUCUCCGGGGGCUACGUGCACGUGCUGAAAGGUGCCCUCUCAGAGGACCUCCUCAUCCAGAGCUUCCAGAAGAUGGGUUACGUGCCCAGGGACAACCACCGCCUGACGAUGGCUGCCCUGCCACCCGCCUGCCAGCUGGUGCAGGUAGCCCUGGGCUGCUUUGCCCUGCGGCUGGAGUGUGAGAUCCUGGGCGAGGUGCUGGCCCAGCUGGGGACCAGCGUGCUGCCAGCGGAGGAGCUGUUGCAGGCCCGGCGGGCCAGCGCGGAUGUGGCCUCCUGCGUGGCCUGGCUGCAGCAGCGGCUGGCCCGGGAAGAGGAGCCGCCACCUCUGCCCCCCCGGGGCUCCCCCACCGUGUUCCAGACGCAGCUGGACCUAUACCGGGACCUGCAGGAGGACGAGGGCUCGGAGGAGGCCAGCCUGUAUGGGGGGCCCUCGCCGGGCCCCGACUCCCCUCCCCCAGAGCUGGCCUGCCGGCCUCCACUCUGGGGACAGAGCGCCAAACUGUGGGGUGCCAGGGGAGGGGCCUGGGAGCCACUAGGGGAGGCUGAGGUGCUGCCGCAGGCCGGCAGCCCGCCGUACGGGGCCUUGAAGGAGGAGCCGGAGCCAGAGCCUGACGCCUUCUCCUUCCUGUCGCUGCGCCAAGAGCUGCUAAGCAGACCUGGAGACCCAGGGAGGUCGGGGCGGGCCAGCCCCCAGCGUGGGUACGGGCCCAGCCCCCCACCCCCCGGCUACCAAGCACACGGCUGCCUGGCUCCCGGUGCCCUGCCCACCCUCUGCUGUGACACGUGCCGCCAGCUGCACGCCCCGCACUGUGCCACCCUGCCCGCCUGCCGUCUAGGUCACGCACUUCGUGUGCUGCUCGGUGACACCCAGCAGCGCCUCUGGCUGCAGCGUGCACAGGUGGACACCCUCCUCUAUGAUGGGCCCGGGGCCCGACCUUAGGCCCAGCCAGGCCCUGGGUCAAGUGCUUUCCAGAGAGUUUCCGUGGUGCUUCUCUGGGCCUCA